ACAACCACUAUGAUAUUUGUUGACACAACUGUUUACUGUUUCGCACACAACGCAUUGAGACGUUGCUCGAAAAUGUAUUGAAAAUCAUUCCGAUAUUAAUUUACUUUUAUGUGUAGGAUGUGUAAUUUCAUUGUGUUUUGAAAAUGGUGAACUGUAAUUUUUUUCAAUCUUUUUUGCUCUUGUGCGCAGGAGUACAGCUUUGUAUAGGAUAUUUACCACAAAAGCACCUUCUUACAGUAUACUACGAGAGCAAGUGUCCGGACAGCAAGAAAUUUGUACUAGACCAGCUGCAACCAGCCAUCGAAUUGCUGCACAGAUAUGUCAAGCUCAGACUUAUACCGUUUGGAAAGUCGAGGAGUAUAAACUACGGCGACGAUGGUUUCGAAUGCCAGCACGGGCCGGAGGAGUGCCUCGGCAACAUGGUACAAGAGUGCGCGCUGAGGCAUAUGCGAGGCCACAGCGACGUACAACGCGUCACCUACGUCGUCUGUGAGAUGGCAUCAGAGUCCGGCGCUCGUGGCAGUCUAGCUUGUGUGAAGCACGCGGGGCUGUCAGUGAGCGAUGUGGAGCGCUGUGUGCUGGCGGGUGAGGGAGUGGCGCUACAGCUGGACUCCGAGUACCACACUGACAAGUUGAAGCCUAAGUUCAUACCCACAGUGACUAUCGACGGGAUAUUCAGUCAAGACUUUCAAGACGCUGCAAUGACUGAUCUUAUCGGAACUUUGUGUGCUACUCUCCGCGAGGUGGCGCCGUGUGCGCGAUAUUACAACAAUCGCGCCUGGCAAUAUAUCUUUUAUAAUUCUACCUGAAAU